ACGACACUGUUGGCGUUUACCGCUAAACAACGAACGCCGAAGGCGCAAGUUAGCAAACCGGACUAUUGUGCGCUACCGAUUCCUCGGAGAACAAACUUGCGGGGAUGCAAAGAUGGAGAGCGGGUCGGAGAAAUCUUCACUUUCAGGUUCUAUGAAAGAGAAUAAAAGUCGGAAUUGGGCGUUGUCACCAUCCAAUGCUGUUUAUCACUUUGGUGCUAGUGGAAUUUCAGUUGCAACUGCAACUGCUAUCACUCAUCCUUUAGAUGUUCUUAAAGUUAGGUUGCAGAUGCAACUUGUUGGUGGAAGAGGUCCCUUGAAUGGAAUGGGACGGAUUUUUGUUGAAGUGGUGAAGAAAGAAGGACCUAAGUCUUUGUAUCUGGGAUUGAUGCCAGCAUUGACAAGGUCGGUUCUGUAUGGAGGUCUCCGUUUAGGGUUGUAUGAACCUUCAAAAUAUGUGUGCAAGUGGGCUUUUGGGUCAACUAAUCUAUUGCUUAAGAUUGCAUCUGGAGUAUUCUCUGGUGCCCUAGCUACUGCGCUGACCAAUCCAAUGGAAGUUCUAAAGGUGCGCUUGCAGAUGAAGUCAAACUUGAGAAGAGGAGCAAUUGGUGAAAUGUGCAAAAUUAUAUCAGAAGAGGGAAUAAAAGCUCUUUGGAAGGGAGUUGGCCCUGCUAUGGUCAGGGCUGGUGCUUUGACUGCAUCACAGCUAGCAACAUAUGAUGAAACCAAGCAGAUUUUAAUGAGGUGGACACCUCUUGAAGAAGGAUUUCAUCUGCAUCUCAUCUCAAGCACAGUUGCUGGAGGAUUGAGUACCCUUAUUACUGCACCCAUGGACAUGAUUAAAACCCGUCUCAUGUUGCAACGAGAAUCUAAAGUAGCUGGGAACUAUAAAAAUGGAUUUCAUUGCGCAUACCAGGUAAUACUUACUGAAGGCCCCAGGGCACUUUACAAAGGGGGCUUUGCAACCUUUGCAAGAUUGGGUCCGCAGACUACAAUCACCUUUAUCCUCCUGGAGAAGCUGAGAGAGUUUGCUGGACUGAAUGCCAUCUAGCCCAUGAUAUUGUGCAUCUGCAACUAUCCAUGUCAUUACAUAUACCUCUCUUAUUUGAAGUCCGGGUUGAGAAAAUUCGCCUGGUUAUAAUUUUCCCCUUCCAUUUUUUGGGUGAUUUGGAUUAACAUCUCUCACGAGGAGACCCAAACUUUAAUGGGUUCUUCCUAAAAAGGUUUAGAUAGCACCACCCUUACUUAAGGGGCACCGUAUUCUUUCUUCAUCACCCCCACUUUUCUUGAGGGUGUAGCUGUAUCCCAUUGAGCGGAAUUAUCGGCAAUUGUUGUGCCUGUUAUGCUAUUGUUGUUGUCAUCAACCUAACAAUAAAAGGAUUUGUGACUUUUUUGUUUC